GCCUGAAAUUACGCUGACCUAUUUCGACGCCAUUUUUGUUUUGCUCAAUAUAUUGUCAUAAGCGACUUGAAUGACGUCAUUACUAUAUAAACACUGUAGUAAACACGGAUUUCUAUCGCUUGCGAAAAUUAUGUGGAAAAUAAGAAAUGCAAAGGUUCCACAAAGGAAGUAUAGGUGCUACUCUCCUACCUCUAUGGGCACUGCACUUGAGAAGGUGAGGCUGACUGGGGCUCCCAUUAAGACAACUGCAAGGGAGUUUGGCAUUCCUGAAGCUUCCCUCAGACACAAACUUUCUGGUAGAGUAGACCCUGAAGCUGUGAGAUCUGGCCCAUCACCUUUGUUUACUCAAGAACAAGAGGCACAUUUUGUGGAACAUUUGAAGUUCAUGUCUGUCUGUGGUUAUGGGUACAGCAGGUCAGAGGUUGUGGACAUGGCAACUGAAUAUGGGGUAUGUCUAGGUAAGAGAGACACUGAACAUCCACUUUCGCUGAAAUGGUUCAGGGGAUUCAUGUCACGAUGGCCUGAACUGAAAGUCUUAAAAUCACGGGGAUUGGAAAUUCAGCGUGCGAAGGCUACAACUGUUGAUUGUGUCUCCAAGUAUUAUGGAGAACUUGGUUCCAUCUUGGACAAGUACAGACUGAAGGAAAGACCAGAAAGAGUUUAUAACAUUGAUGAAAAGGGUUUGUCCACUUCUCACACACCACCAUCAGUUGUUACUGGAAGUGAAUUCAAGCCUCAGGUAGUCACAUCUGGUUCAAGAUCAUUAGUGACUGUGAUAGGCUGUGGUAAUGCCCUAGGCUAUAGUGUACCACCCUUUUUUGUGUUUCCUGGGGCAAGAAUGAGGCCUGACCUGUUGGAUGGAGGAAGUGCUGGAGUGGAUGGUGUCGUCACAGAGAGUGGGUGGAGCAACAGCACUGUGUUUCGGAGGUACAUUGAACAUCAUCUGAUAAAAUACUUACCUGAACGUUCUGAGGAUGAUCCUGUACUUUUACUUUAUGAUGGACAUAAGUCUCACAUAAAUCUUGGUUUGAUUGACUGGACUAAGACACAGCACCUCAUCUUGUUCAUACUUCCUGCCCAUACCAGUCAUGUAUUACAACCUCUUGAUGUAGGAUGUUUUGGACCAUUUGAGAGGGUCUACAACACUGUGUGUCACAAGUUCAUGCGUGAGCACUGUGGUCAAAGUAACACACGAUACAAUGUUUGCGCACUUGGAUGUUCAGCCUAUUCUAAGGCACUAUCGCCCACCAAUCUACAAGCUUCUUUCCGCAAGACUGGCAUAUAUCCAUACAAUCCACAUGUUAUAGAUCCUUCCAACUUUAAACCCUCAGAUCCUUCCAACUUUAAACCCUCAGAGGCUCUGCAACAGGAAGCUAACUCAGAUGUAGCAAACAUUUCAAGUACCCCAGCCAAUGAGUCAUCACAGUUCUUCUCUACAAAAGCAGCUAACAUCACUUCAAAAAAGCCACCCAUCAAGAAACGCCGUUACCUUAGCAGUGUUGUCAGUGGUAAACCAAUAACCGAGGCAUAUAUGGUGGACAAGAUAAGGGAACAUGAAAAUGCUAAGAAGCCUAAAUCUCAGAAAAACAAAUCUGACCCACAACCAGGAACUUCAGGUACUGCCAGACCAACAACAUGUAAACCCAAAGACACAGAUGUUAUGGACAGUGAUGUUUCACUAGAGGAUCUGGACACAGAAGUGUGCUGUGUUUGUAACUUGUUCACACCCCAAGAACUACGACAGAGUACCUCUCUCUUGUUUGUUAAGUGGGUACAGUGUACUAAGUGUGGACACUGGGUGCAUUUAAUUUAUUGCACACCUGUUAGAGUAGUAAGAAGGGGUGAUGUGUUUUUGUGCAUUCACUGUACUCCAGAAGAGUAA